ACGCUUUUGCCCCUUCUUCCACAAUCCCCUUCUUCAUCCCACAACAUCACGUGAUGGGCACCUGCCAAUGGACCAGGGGCCGCGUCAUCGGCCGCGGCUCAUCGGCUACGGUCUCUCUUGCCAGCGAUCAUCAAACCGGUAAGAUCCUCGCCGUUAAAUCUGUAGAGCUAGCAUACGCAGAGCUCUUGCAGAGGGAACAGAGAAUUCUAUCGCUCUUUGAUUGCCCGCAUAUUGUCGCGUAUGCCGGCCACGAUGUCACGUUCGAGAACGGUAAGCAUUUCUACAACCUAUUGAUGGAAUAUGCUGAUGGUGGCACAUUGACGGACACGAUUCAACGGCAGGGCGGUAGGUUAGAAGAGUCCCUCAUCGGAUCCUACACUCGCGAAAUUCUUCAAGGGCUGUCGUACCUUCACUCGAAGAGGCUAGUGCAUUGCGACAUCAAGGGACGUAACGUGCUGAUCGGAUCCAACGGUGUGAAGAUCGCUGAUCUUGGAUGCGCAAAGUGGAUCGACGUCUCUAGCACCACCAAGGCACCAAUUGCCGGUACGCCUCUCUAUAUGGCCCCGGAAGUUGCACGUAGGGAAGAACAAGGCUUCCCUGCUGAUAUCUGGGCCGUUGGAUGUACGGUGAUUGAGAUGGCCACCGGGCGUCCACCAUGGCCUGACGUGGUGGACCCGAUCACCGCCCUGUAUCGAAUUGCUCAUUCAAUCGAUGUACCGGAAUCUCCAAGAUGGCUAUCGGAGCAAGCGAAGGAUUUCUUGAGUAAGUGUCUAAAGAGACGUCCUGAGGAGAGAUGGACAGUUGAUAUGCUUCUCAAACACCCCUUCAUUGUCGGUGAAUCCAAUUGUCCUCCGAAACAAGUUACAGUCUCGCAAAUCACGAAUUCUCCAAAGAGUACUCUCGAUCACAACAUUUGGGACUCGUUCGGUGAGGAUCAGAUUCACAUCGAUCCUUCUAAUAAUUCUCCGGCGGAACGGAUCCAACAGCUGAGCGGCGGCAGCUCAUCCUCUCGUAUGCCUGAUUGGACAGGGGAGGGGAAUUGGGUCAGCGUUAGAAGAAGCGAAGAAGAUGAGAAUUCUCUGGAGCUAGAGGGUCAGAUUCCGGUUGAAGAGAUGGGUGGAUCAGAUUCUGUUAGGGACAGUGAUGAAGGGAUGAGAUUUCGCACAAGCUCUUUGAUUGAAGAGAGUGAUGUCCAUAGCAGUAGCAUGAGUGAUAAAUAUGUAGAGAUGAUAGUGAUACAGAGCGUUAGAAAGGAUUUAUUAUCUCCUGUAAAUACAUCAAAGAAUUUCUGUCUUCUAAUGAAAAUUUUGAGUACGAAAAUCAUGUGUUCUGCAAAAUCGAUAUCGUAAUGAGUUCUGUUUUUG